AUGCCGCCACAAGAUCCCCGUGCCGCAGUGCACCAGGUCGAAGAGGAUGAAUUUACGGUAGUCCUCGACACCUUCGUCAAUGUAGCCAGUGCCGCUGAAAGUACACCCGACGAUGUAAAGGCUGCGUUUGUCCAAGCAAAACACAAUUUUCAUGCCAUCAAACCCGACUCAACGAAGGCCCUUGAGUCGGCCAGCAGCUCCUUCUGGCAGGCUGCGGCGCUGUGGGGGACCCAUCAGCACUACAAGCAGAGCUGGGAAGACUUUGCGGCCGUCCACGAAGCGCCAUCAAUAGUGCGCAACGUGCUCAGCACCAAGGUGCGAGAUCUUGAGGCUUGUAUACGACCUCUUCGAGCAAUCAUAGCGAUCCAGAGUGCUUGGGGAGCAGAUUGGUACCGCCGAUUGCGCCUUGUUGCGCCCUUUCCUAUUGCGCCCAAACACACCUUCCUCGAGCAAAUCGCCAAGCUCUCACGCAACGAGACCCUUUCUGCCGUCGAGCGCCUGUUCCCUGCCUCUCUUCAGCUCCGUGUCGCCCACCACCUUCAUAGCGCCUCUUUCGAGGAGAGCAUCAACAACGGCACGCGCGCUGUGACAGUGAAAGACCUCGAGCGUUUCAUCGCACGAGGCAUGACAUCGAUUGGUACUUCGCUCAACUAUCGGGAGCCUUCUCGCCGCGGCCGCCCGGCACGUGACACCCCACGUCCGAAGACUCCUCUUCGACGCAUCGUGUCUCCAGAGCAGCCGCGUUACGCCUCCCCUCUAUCCCUGGCCGGGCCCGCCUGCAGUGACGCUGACGCAGGCUGGGAGAGCGAGGAUCCUGGUCUUGAUUCUCCGCUUUCGCGCAUCAGCAACAGGUCGCCCCCCAGCCUUGACGUCUCUGUCCUGGACUCCAUAUCGCAACAAGGAUUUCUUACCGAUGACAACGUAUUUGAGACGAGCAUGAUCAACGACCCGUCAUUGCCGGAGACCAAGUCAGCACAAGAUCCAGAGAGCAAGACAUCGCGGAACAAGCAGGCUAUGGCCAUUCCGUCGCCGCAAAUCUUGAACGCCAAUCUUACCUUCUCUGGACCCAAAACUACGCUCUCAGGAUCCAAUUCUCCGCUGGCUGGGCAGACCGGCGACGAAGUAGACAAACGACAGAACGGCACCAUGGCAGCGAGUGAGUCUAAUGGUGGUGCACCACGAAAACGACAGCGCAAAGCCGAAAGCCCUCAUGCAGCGUCCGGCGACCUUGCUCCCGGAGCUCAGCUUCACUCUGGCACACUUGACACGCUGCUCCGUCGCCUCACCUCUGGACAGCACCCCCAUGACUACGUCUUUUACGACGUUGGCCAUCUUGACGUCUUGUGGCGUCCAGCAGCGAUAUCAGCCGCCAAGUUCGCCAAAGCAAGGAACGUCCUCGUCCGAUUGUGUCUUCACCGUCACUGGAUACUCCUCCGCUUUGACCUUCGCGACGUGACGGUGCAUCUAUACGACUCCAUGCGUCACCACAUCCCAAUUUCAGAUCGCCGACGAGCAAUUGCAGUCAUUGGCACAGCCAUCUGGGACGCCGCGGAUUCCGAACACACCGUUGAGCAUUGGGCUCCUCCCAUUGAGGUGUCUGUUCCACAGCAGCAGAACAACUAUGACUGUGGAAUUUGGGUUAUUAUCACAACCAUGCGCAUCAUCCAUGGACAUGAUGUCGAUACCGCACAAAACACGCAGCUCUGGCGUCUACUAUUGCAGGCACUUGAAAGCGAGUACGGCCGUAGCCAAGCUCUCGCCCAUCUCUCAAAGCUUCUCGAAAAUUCGUCUCAGCGGGCCCUUACCCGGCUGACGGAAGACGUCAAGACGAUUCGAACAUUAAUCCAGCAAGCACUCGCGAGCGCUCAGACACGUCAACAGCAGGCAAACAGUCGUGCAGACCACCUGGCCGCCGCUGUCGAAUCCAACCGCACCAUGCUCCGACGCCAGCAUGGUUUGCUGCGUAAGGUCAGCCGAAAGGUCCAAGACCUCGAUGAGCACAGUAUGGCACUUGAUGGGGCCUGGCAACAGCAACACACGCAGAUGCGAAAUGAACUGGUGUCCAUCCAAGAAAAUGUGGACACACUGCAACUGUUCCAGGAGAUUCUCACAGAGUUUACUCAACUCGUGAAGCAGCAUGGAGCGGCAGAUGGACACGACCAGAUCCAAUCUGUUGAGGGCUUGGAAAGAAAGAGGACGGCCCUACAGGAUACGAUAACCGAAGCUGUGAAAGGCCUUGGACAUAUAUCGGUAAAGAUGGCGAAGCUGAACAAGAAUGGCAGCUGA